GCGAAACCCAUCAUUAAGUCCCCAACGGUCCAGUCGUCAACACGUAUAUUGAAUAAUAAUAUUCGAAAUGGCUCCAGGAGGAAAAUCAGCUGGUAAAGCGAUGAAGAAAUCGUCCGGAAAGGCUCAAAAGAACAUCGCCAAGUCCGACAAGAAACGCAAGCCCAAGAGGAAAGAAUCGUACGCCAUCUAUAUUUACAAAGUGUUGAAGCAAGUACAUCCCGAUACCGGUGUCUCAUCGAAGGCAAUGAGCAUCAUGAACAGUUUCGUCAACGAUCUGUUCGAACGCAUCGCCGCUGAAUCCAGUCGUUUGGCUCAUUACAACAAACGUUCGACCAUUACCAGCCGGGAAAUCCAAACUGCCGUACGACUCUUGUUGCCCGGUGAAUUGGCCAAACACGCCGUCAGUGAAGGAACUAAGGCCGUGACCAAGUACACUAGUUCCAAAUAAGUCCGUGUUGUGAAAUACUUACUCUAACUCAAUUAAAACGGCCCUUUUCAGGG